AUGGCCUACAACUCCCUCCCCGACGUCUCCUCGGCCGCGGCCGCCUACCGAACCUGCCAGGGCGACCGCCUCGCCAGACACCUCAUGAAGGACCUGUUUCGCCGCCACAACGUCCAGGACACGUUUGGCCUCGCGCUGCUGCACCGCCACGGACAGCUCCGCGCCGGCGAGCGCAUGACGGCCGUCCGCGGCACCAACAAGAGCCCGGCCCCGAGCCAGCUCGGCGAGCCGGCCGUCUGGCGCGUCAACACGGCCGACGGCCGCGUCAUACCCGUCGAGUUCUCCCUCGAAGCGGCCGCGGUCGACUGGCACGACCUUCGCCUGCAAGUCUUUGUCAAGGAGUUUCUCGCGCUGCUGCUCGAGCACCAGGCGCACAAGCACUUUGGCCUGUGCCUCUACCCGGGCGACGGCUAUCCUGGACACAUUGAGGUCGAGGAUGGGCGAAGCACCGUGGGGUUGUUGCCGCAAGAGGCACACACUCUUUCCCAGGGAGACUUGAUCGAGGUGGCGUGGUUUUACACCAAAGAUCACUUGGAGCGCGGCUGCAAGAACCACUGCUUUCAUGGCAAGGAAGAGCCCGGCGAGAGCUCAUAA